AGCCCUACCCUCUAUAUAACUUCAUUCUUGCAACAUCACAAGCACAAGCUUUCACACCCAUCUUGCGUUGGCUCUCCUGCUGGUCUCUAGGCUGUUGUUCUUGCUUUCAAGCUGCACACAAACCAAGCAAAGUCAAGAGAAGGUGCCUUUCCUAGGUAAAUUAAAGAAGCAUGCAUCCGAGCUGCUCUCCACUGGCAGUGCCUCCGGGCUUCCGGUUCCACCCGACAGACGAGGAGCUCCUCUACUACUACCUGAGGAAGAAGGUUGCUUAUGAGCCCAUAGAUCUUGAUGUCAUAAGGGAGGUGGAUCUCAACAAGCUUGAACCAUGGGACCUCAAAGAUCGGUGCAGGAUUGGGACGGAGUCUCAGGAUGAGUGGUAUUUCUUCAGCCACAAGGACAAGAAGUAUCCUACGGGGACACGAACGAACCGGGCAACAACGGCUGGGUUUUGGAAGGCCACCGGGCGGGACAAGGCCAUCUUCCUCGGCAACGCUGGGAGGAGGAUCGGCCUGAGGAAGACGCUGGUGUUUUACACCGGCAGGGCACCCCAUGGCAAGAAGACCGACUGGAUCAUGCACGAGUACCGCCUCAACGAUGACAGCGUCGAGGUGCCGAUUACGGAGGACGGAUGGGUGGUGUGUAGGGUUUUCAAGAAAAAGAGCAUCCAGAGGGGAUUCGACGACCAUCUGGGCAUGGCGGCUGCCGGCGAUGACGAUGAACUCCAUUCCUUCCACUCGCCUGGCGGCGUGAUGACUCCGGUGGACCAGAAGCACGGCCUCCACCACCUCAUGCACGGCGGAGUCCCCGCCUUCGACCCCUCCAUGCACCUUCCACACCUCACGAGUGCGGAGGCACCGCUGGGCGCCCCGGCAUUUACAUCCGGCGGCACAUCGGCUGUGGCCAUGAACCUGCUCGACAUGGGCUGUUCUUCGCACAACAUGGUGAUGAAGAUGACAACAUCAUGUGGCUCUGCCAGUGACAUGCCGCUGAACAGCGGUGGUGAGCGCUUCGGUGCCGCCGCCGAUUGGUCGAUCCUCGACAAGCUGCUAGCGUCACACCAGAAUCUUGACCAGCUCUUCCAUUGCAAGUUCGGGGGAACAACCUUAGCAGUGCCUCGCCAUUAUCAACAGCAGCAGAUGCAGCAGCAGCAGCAGCAGCUCAUGGAAAUGAGCGCGUCUUCACUGCAUAGGCUGCCUCUCCAUUAACUUAUUGGCUGUCAAACUGAGAUGAGUGAUGAUAUGAUGAGAUCUCCACAAGUUUUCCAAGUAGCUUGAUUAAACGAUAUGCAAUUAAGCUGUGCUUGGAGAAGACGGGUUCUUGUAAUUUUCAUGGAUCAGUUUUCCCUCUAUUUCAAUUUUACUCUGAAGUUUUAGCAGUUCUUUGAAAUGUUUAUAAUCAGCUCCGGUAUUCCCCCCGUGUG